AUGGUUCGCUGGGAUAAUCAGUCCAACUCGGACCUCCUCACCUGCUUGUAUGACGUCUACAGCAAGGAGAUGGGGAGGGAAGUCCAGGCGCAGAUCGUGGACAAGAUGAAGAGUAAGGGCCACGAGGACGUCAACUGGGACAAGAUUCGGUAUGUUUCCAUCUGCUGCUUUCAACUCCGUCAUUGGUCUGGCCCCGUUAUCGGCCUGCUCCCCUUAUCGGACCACGUCUGUCUGGCCCUGCCUAGUGGUGCUGCCAGUGGUCGCCCUUUCCCAGCAGGCUCACCGUUCACAAUGCCGCCACCGACCAAGUAUAUCAACCGCUGGGAGGACAUCAAAGACGACGUCUUUGAAAUCAUUUACAACAUGAAAGCCCCCUUGUCGGCUGAAGACAAGGACCAGCUGGUGAAGGCCAUGCGUGAGCGUGGCUAUAACAUUGGCUGGAAUGGCCUUCGGUACGUUAUCCGUCUGAACAGGUGUUGA